AUGCCGUGUUCUCCUCCCCCAUUCACCCCUCCACGAAUUCGAUGGAGGAAUCGAUCAUUUCUCCAUCUUUUAUUCCUUUUCUCAUUUCCUUAUUCUCUUCACGCAUCACUCCAAUCGUACGAUGAGGGAUUUGUAUUGGAUUGGCUAAAUAAAUCGACACAUUUGGGACUUUCAACAAGAUGCACCGAGAGUUUAUCCAGGGUAUGGCCCUAUCUAAACAUGCACGACACGCUGGAUGUACAAAGGAAUUACUAUCAUCAAUCUUUCGGAACUGGUCCCGGCUGGCUUUUCCUCAGUCGCGAUCAGGAUCGAUGGGUUUACAGGGGAUACGAGUGUCUUUUAGCCGCGGGCGAAACUGUUUACUCGCGCUCCGAGCAUCCGAUGCACUUUUGCUAUGGCCUCAAAGAAGACGAGGAGCCCGGAACCGACGCCUAUAGUGUCUGCAUUCCGUCACCAUGUGAAAAAGAGCAUAAAAAGUUGAUAACUUUAUGGCAAGAGAUGGUCGAUCGAGAUGCAGUUGAUCAGACAAAAGUCGACUUCACGAGUUGUAUCGCCUCGAGACACGAAAAACAAUGGUUCGAGCUUCCGAUCCCUGUGGCCGAUUUCCUUUUCAACGCUCUCCUUUCAUUGUUCAUCUGCUUGGCCACAGUUUUCCAUAUGCAUCGAGGCGAUGAAGUGAAAACAAUGUCCCAAAAGCUGUUGCUAUGCUUCUCGCUGAAGAAAAACCUCAAAAAGGCGACUUGUUAUCCAAAAGAUCCCCAAUCGACGAUCACCUGCAUGUUUGGAUUACGAUUCCUGACGAUGGCAUGGACGUUGGUCGGUCACUCGUUCAUUUUUAUCCAAGCCUACAUCGGAAACGUGGACAAGUUCAAGGAUGAGAUGGUUGACUCGUUCUGGCGACAAUGGAUCACCAACUUUACGCUCAGUGUCGACGUUUUUCUGACAUUGGGCGGAACAGUGCUCUCCUACUCAUGGUUCAGGAAAUGGCUCAAGAACACUACAGAACCCGAGCCAAAAUGGAACUCGUGGGGUUACUGGUUCAAAUUCUAUCAACAUCGAGUCAUCCGGCUAUGGCCUGCUUAUCUCUACACAUUGAUGGCUGUCACGUUGAGGUUAUCAGUCACUCAUUGGCACCCAAUGUGGCCUCCAACCGAUCCCGCAGUUCAAUGUCCCGUUCAUUGGUGGCAAAAUGCUCUCUUCAUCAACUCGUUGACCGAGAAUAAAUGCAUGCCGUGGACAUGGUAUAUCGGCACGGAGUUCAUUUUCUACGUGGUCUCACCGAUCUUUUUGCUCUCAUUGAGAAAAUCGCCGAGAUUCGGAGUAAUCGUUUGCAUGGCCACAAUUGUUGCCUCCGGAGCGCUGAAUGUCUUCAAGAUUCUUCAAGAGAAUUUCCCGCCCACCCAAUUUUUGUGGAGACAACCCGAGAUCUUCAAUCCGAACUUUAUUCAGCACCACGUCGAGCUCUACAUCAAGCCACAGUAUCGAAUUGGUCCCUAUGUUGUGGGAAUCCUUCUCGGAUACUUUUUGGCCGACUAUCAAAAGGUAGCCACAAAAGAACCCCGAUCGGUUCGUUUCAUCGCUGGUGGAUGGAUUAUUUCGUUUGUGGCGAUGUUCUGGGCAAUGUACGGAGUGUAUCCAUCUUUACAGGGCUGGGACUGGGGUGUGUAUCAUUUGAUCUACGGAUGCACCCAUCGAGUCGUUUUCUCGAUUGGACUCGCUUGGGUGCUUUACGCAUGUCAUACUGGCAUCGGUGGCUGGGUGAACAGUUUCUUGUCGUGGAAAGUGAUCGUUCCAUUCUCGAAUCUCUCCUAUUCGGCAUAUCUCUUCCAUAUGAUUCCGGUUGUCUUGACAUACCUUCUCGUCCCCUUCCCGAUCACUUACAAUUCAAUGUGGUAUAUCUUCGCGCAUUGCUUCGUUCAACUACUUAUCUCUUAUGUCUUCGCUUUCAUCUGUUCCACAUCAAUCGAAUACCCAGCACUGAAUAUGGAACGACUUUUGCUCUUCAAUGCUCCAAAAAUGAAGAAAUCUCAUUUGAAACCGGUCGAAACGGCUGAAAGUGAAUUGCAAAUGAAAGAU